AUGUUUGACUCAGAGCGUCGCGAGAUUUUGGAGCGGAAAGGCCGGUCAGAGUGGUCUCCUGGAGAUGGGCACCUCGCCUAUCUAGAGGCAUGGGAGGACGGCGAUUUCGAAGAGGUGCAGAUUUUUUCUGGGCCUCUAGAAGACUCCGAAGUUGAUGAAUGGCUUCGUCAGAGGGGCAAAUUUUCAUCCGCAGGUCGACAGUCUCGUCCAAGGGCGCAAGUCCGUAUACUGUUAUGCGAACGCCUACACUUUAGGCCUCUACGGUUCGCUAUGAGCCGUAAAUCCUUUCUGUCGGUCGAACACGCCAUCGGGCUGACAUCUAUGUCUCUACCAAUAUUGAACGGGAACACUGGGACCCAGCACGCUCAUCUGAAGUUCAAGAAGAACUUGAGCGGUCGGCCGUUAACCUCGCUCGAGUCAUUAGUCAUGACAAUAAAGCAGCCUCAGAUGUUCCAGCUUGGAAAUCUCGGCAUGGCAAUGUCCCACCAUUUUGAAACCCGCACAACUCUUGCCUUCAUUCACGGCUGGGACAUCUUCUCCGACAAGUCAGAAAUUACCAAGCAACCGAUUGUACCUCACAUCGAAGCUAUUCAGGAGAUACUCAAGUCAUCACGGAGACUCCUGCCCCAUCCCCUACUUCUUCCUGUCAUGAUUCUCCGACGGCAUUUGACCAGAGCAGAGAUCAUGAGAAGGCAGCUGAGCUCUGCAACGGAGAAAAUUGAAGAUGCUAUCGGCGUCACCCAGACAGCUCGGCUUUCCGGGAGAACCGUCCAAGAUCAACGCAUCGUGGAAGAAGUGAAGGCUAUGGUCUUGGGCGAGACGCCGAGGAUUCACACGACCGCCCGGAUUAGCACCACGGUCACUGAUGUAAUCAAUAUGAAGGGGACUCUCGAGUGGGACGAAGCAUACGUCAAGUUUCUCCGCCGUGUCAAUGACGAUGUUAAGGCUCACCGUCGCGAGCCGCAUACGACCUCGGAGGCAGAUCUGGAGCUGUGCGGCUUCAUCGACCUUCUGGAGCGAGAUGCGCAGUCUAUCUCAUCAUAUGCAACUAGAAUGCAGUCCAGGUUAGACCUUCAAUUCAACGUGCUCUACAAUCUCAUCGCCCAAGCCGGAAACAGCCUCAAUAUGCAGCAAUCAACACAGGCCGGGCAAGUCGCAGCGCAAGCCGGAAUGGACAGCACAGCUAUGAAGACAAUGGCAGUGGUGACGAUGGUUUUCCUUCCUCCAACCUUUACAAUUUUUAGCAUGUCCUUUUUCAACUGGCAAGCUUCAUCGUCAAGCGGCGACGACGGCGGUGCCGAGCCCACCGUUGUACCACAGUUUUGGAUCUACUGGGCCGUCAGCUUGCCCUUGACCAUCGCCAUCGUGAUUGGCUGGCGAGUGUGGUGGCAUUUCCAGAAGGCUUACUAUGAGACCAAGUUUCUAAGACCAGAGAAGCACCAAGACUAUGAAGACAAGAGCCGUAGCAAGAGCCGCGACAGGAGCCGUGAGAUGAGCCGCGACAGGACUCAUGAUCCGAGGCGACGCCGGUCACGAUAUCAAGUAUGA